CAGAAUUGGCAUCAGCAACAAAUCUAGUCUCGUGGCAUCCAUUUACGGGAGGAGUUCGUGUGCCGUCGUAUGGGAUCGGAAAGUACAACCUUACGGAAGACUUUUCCUUAGUGAUCCAUGACGUCGAGGAUGAUGACGCAGGACGGUACAUAUGUAGACUAUCCGACUUCAGAGGUUAUGAGCUCAGCAAUCACACUGUGGCCACAGUUAAAGUUCCACCCCAGAAACCAUUCCCAGCAAUUGACCAAUGCCCAUCAGGAUCGCCCGGAAGCGGAGAAAACCCGUGUACGCUGACAACCGAGAUAGGUGACACGACUGAACUGACAUGUCAUGCUCGGGGUGCGCCAAGAGACGUGAUCUCGCUAUCCUGGACCCUCAGAGGCAGAACUAUCUCCAGCCAAGAACCGCACAGAUAUGCCAACCCCGACGGCCUGACGGAAGAUUUGAAAUUUACAAUCGACGCAGCGCCAAGCACUGAUCCGUACGUCUGCGCUGCCAUUCUGCCGGCGACCACCCGAGAAAAUGCGACCGCCAGCGUUAUAGUGAAACCAGCACCAAUCAUAACAACCACCGAAUUUGUAAUAACUACAAAUGGAGAUCCCGGUAAUAGAUCUUUAGGGAAAGUUGCCAUCGCCAUUAUCGUCAUCACCUUACUCAUCGCCUCCAUAAUCGUCGUCUUCAUUUGGAGGAGAAUAAAGAAGAGUUAUGAACCGUUAAAUGGAGAUAAGAAAUUCAUUAAAGGCCCUGUUUCGUAUUUGGAGCUUUGGGAGUUUGUCGGAAUGUGUGACCCUCUGGUCACGAAGAAGAUUGUAGAAAGGAUGGUGGAAAAUCUUCAGACAGACUCAGGAUUCGACGUCGUGCCCCCUAAGGCUGAGUUCUACUAUGAACUCUGUAAAUGGAAGGAGACAACAACAGGAGAUUACAGUAUUCUCUCCAGAGCCAUAGAAGAAGUUGGGCCGAACGCCGAAAUAAUUAUGCAGGAUGUCCGUGAUCGUACGUCAAAGGAAAUCUCUCUUGAAGAUCUGGAACACAUUUGCUGGCACGUCCGCGGCUGCAGGAAGACAGUAAGGCCCAUACUGCGAGCAUUAUACCCUCGCCAUGAAGGAAUCCCAAACUGCAAAGAUGAAUCCUGCGAUCAUGGUAAACCAAGAAACGCCGAAAUCAACGAUGACCUGCAGUUAAUGAAGACAUGGAAGGAACAUUCAAUGACAACGAAACCUGGAUACCAGGAACCUAUGGAGGAUCACAAAGAAGGGGAAAUGGUACAUAUGAGACAACCAACUUCCAGAGGGAUUUGCUGCUGCCAUAAACAACCUAAAUAUCGGCAUGGUGAUGACAAGAAUGAGCAACAUCCGAUGUUUUCUGCACAGUCCGAAGAGGUAGAACUGGGAGUAGAAAGAUCGUCACCAAACCAAAUGAUUCAACUUUGCCUAGCGUUAGAAAGAGCAGGAAAGGACGUACAUGGACCUGAUAAGGAAGUCUAUAUUCAACUGGCCAAAACUUUCUUCCUAAUUAAAGAUGAGUACAAGAGGGAAUUGGACAAUGAGGUCAUCACGGAGUUUGCUCUGAGUAUCACCCUACAACACUACAAGAAUCUUGCAAAAGCAGCGGACUCCAUUGCCAAAAGAAAUGUUGAAGACCUCAAAGCGGUGUUCGAAACAGGCACUAUGCUUGAAGGAUGGGUACAGGAGCAAAAAUGCAGUAAUUUCGAAGUCAGGUGUAGACUGAGGCAAGCAGCAGAACAAUGCAGUCGUCAAGACAUUGCAGAUAUUUUCAUAACCAAAGAACAGAGCGAAUUAAUGGCACCAACACUCCAAGCUUCCGUGACAAUUACAAAUGAGCAACGCAAGGGUGAUAGUGAAACAAAACGUGAGAAAUCUGGAAAUGACACUCCUCAGGCUCAGCAAUCUGCAAACUACGAAAACCUAGCAAGAGGGACAAAGGGGAUGCCAAGAAUGCCUGAAACAACAUCAGCAGAGAAAUCUGUUACAGAUAUUUCCCUAGAUGAACUCAAGCGUAUCUGUCGUUAUGGGGGAAGAGAAGCUCUUUUAGCAUAUUUGCCUGAGAAAUUCAGUGAUGAAAGAUGUGAAGAACUAAAAGGAGAGAAGUUUUCCGACCACGAAAUCAGCUGUUUACUGAAACAAUUUAUAAUAAAGAGAGAUGAAAACCCCCUAAGGUUUAUAAAGCAGCUUGUACAGGAUAAACAAACCCCAAGAAAUAUUCUACGACAGUAUCUGCAAGAGGAAACACCCCGCUAUGCCUGUCUUCUUGCAAAAGGGAGAGAUGACAAAAUAUUCGAUGUAGAACUCGUUGAAUUAGCCUAUCGCCUCGUCCUAUCAGACGUUUAUCCCUUUGCCAAAGCACUCAACAUCAGUGACGAAGAGCUUACUCGCUACAAACAUAAACUUGGACCUAAAAUUAUACAACAAGGUACAGGAAAGUUGCUACUCGAGAUGAAACAUGCAGACGGAUCCGCAACUGGCAUUGAAGAGAGACUGGUAAUGGUGAAUGAUUUGAAACAGGCGGGAUAUCUUAAAGAAGCGAAGACGAUAGUGUUUGGAUUUGAAAUCAGCCUAGCAGAUCAAGCAAAAAUAGAGGAGAAGCGAAUCGAUCCUGCGAAAUUGGCAAAGGAGCUCGGUGUUUCUGAUGAUGCCAAGCCAAUGGAUCCUGAUGAAAGAGAAGAGAGCUGUCAAUCUGUACUUCAAAGAUGGAGAAACAUUGUCCGUCCUACAUCAUUCAAUCAUCGCAUAGUUUUGGCUGAUGCUCUUCACAAUCUCGGCGAGAAGGAACUUGCACUCGAUAUUAUCUCAGGAAAGUUUCGGAAGAACGUCAUAAACAGCCGAGUAUCAAAAAUGCUAGCACAAACCAUUUCAGACGGAGAAGUGGAUAAACUGGCUUUAGUCCUUGGCAAGAAGUUGAAAAAAGAUCUAACCCCUUAUGAUGUUAUAAACGCCUGGGUGACUGAAAAUAAGUAUUUCGGGUUUCUUCAGAAGAGUCCAAUAACAUUGAGCAACGAACUUCUCAAAGCAGGAUUCUAUCCAUUUGCUCAUGAGAUUAUGACAGGUGGAUGGAAAGGAAAGGAAGUGAUAAGAGUAGAAACUCUGGCAGUAGAGGCCGGGGAUGAGAAGAAUGACGACAGCAUGAGUUGUGAUCAGGAAGAUCAAGGUGAUGAACAAAAAGAAACAGACGAUAACGGGAUAAAGGAGAAUUCGGAACAAUCUCUCUCGUAUUCGGAAUCGCUAGACCCAUUCGGAGACCCAGAUGAUGAAUUGUUUGCCUGCUGGGAGGCCAGAGCAAAUUUCAAUUUUAACUAUUAAAUUUGACAGAUGUUGGACAUGUUGGAUGACCAGGUAGAUGCUCCGAAACUGGAAGGGCAGAGCAUUGCCCUUUAGCACUGUGACCACGUGGUAUACUUAGCUUGGUGUAGCCUUUAAUCGGUCGUUAGCGUGUUGUCACACCGGUAAGCAGAACGGAUUCAAGAACAAGGUAAAUGUAUUGAAAACGCCCGUCAAAUGAUAAUGAACAACUGGGAUGUCUUCGUCGAAAUUGAUGAACCGGAACAGCAAUUCUUCUCUAAGUUUCAGAUCUGACGAAAGAUGGCAAAUCUGUCGCUUGACAUGUCCAGGACGAAACGGCUGUUUUGAUUCACCAAUUUUCGACAACAUCUUGAUGGUUUCUCUUUGUUAUGAAGGGCAUUUGACAGUAUAUUUUUUUUUAAUCUUCUUGGAAGCGUUCUGUUUCGUCUUGUGAAAACUCUAUAAUGUUAUUUUUAGCAGCACGUCGAGAAAGUGAGGUGUAUGACAACAUCCUUCCGAAUUACUGACAAAUUCAUCCUGGCAUGCCUGGGGAGCCAGUGCAUGAACACUUACGGCACUUGCACUGCGCAUUGCUGUUCUGCUGCAGAAUGCCAUGAUGUUCUUGUCAGUCAAGCUGAAUGUGGGGAAUCUACCGUACUUCAUCGGCCUACAGACUUUCCUAUAUACGGAAUAAAUGCGAUAUGACCCUGCCUGGCAGAGAUCCCAAAUUAAACCAGAGAAAGGUUGGCUAAGGUCAACGAAAAUAGAUAAUCUGUCCUUUAUCAGGCAUUCGGACCUUUCGCAUCUACUACGGAAACACUCUCUAAAACGCACCAGUUCCUUUGAAAAUGCAAGUCAAAUCACAAUGGAGAGCUGAGGGACGUUUGCCGAAAGAUGGCAGACGGGGACAGGAUGGGAAUCCCUUGACGCUGGAGCGACAUUAUUUGCUAUUGUUCGUCCGAUGCAAAUCUUCUAAUGAUCUGCUGCUCCAGUUCACCGAUUGUCUACAAAAGCCUCUCACCUCUUCAUUGUGAUUUUAUUUUCCAUUUUCAAAGGAGUCGAUGCGUUGUAGAGAGUAUCCCCGUAGUAAAUGCGAAAAGUCACUUUUGCCCUUCCUUAUAUACGUAGAUCAGUAAAUGGCAGCCUGUUGCGACAUGCAACCGAAUGAAAAAUAUAAAUCUAGGUUUUGUUUACAGGUGCCGCUUUUCCUACGGCGGCGGUGGCGUCAACAUAAAAAAAUGACAUCAUAACUUAAAGUAGUAUAUGGGCCUAGUUCAUGAAACUUACACAAUAAGGAUAAUGACGUAUUACUAAACAUUCUGCCAGAGUUUCAGAUCAAAUGACCAAGGUCAAAGGUCAUUUAGGUUUAAUGAACUUUGAACACGUUAGGGGAAUUUGUUUAAUUUCCAUCGUAACUUUAACUUUUUUAUUGAACUAGUGACGUGGACAGAGUAAUCAAGUAUCACUGAACAUCCUUUGCGAGUUUCAGGUCACAUGACCAAGGUCAUUUAGGGUCAAUGAACUUUAGCAAUGGUCUAGGUAUUUGUUCAAUUGCCAUUACAACUUUGAAAUUUUAUGAAUCUAGUUCAUACAAAUUAGACAUAAGAGUACUCAAGUAUCACUUAACAUCCUGUGCGAGUUUCAAGUCACAUGACUAAGGCCAAAGGUUAUUUAGGGUCAGUGAACUUUGGUCAUGUUGGUGAUAUUUGCUGAAAUGGCAUCAUUACUUAGAAAGUCUAUAAGUUCUAGUUCAUGAAACAUAGACAUAAGGGUAAUCAAGUAUGAAUGAUUAUUUCACACACAUCUUAGAUCACAUGAUCACGGUCAAAGGUCAUUUUUGGUCAUUUGACAUACUAUUUUAUUAUCAUAUGAAUGUUUUCUUUUGUGAAUAAUUAUUCAAUAAAUGUUUUCAAAGUCAUUACUGAUGCUAUAUCGAAUCGCGUAAUGCAGGCGAGACUGCUAGACGUGUCCUUGUCCAAACCCUUGCAAAACUUCCUUAUGUGACUAUGGGGGUGUUGCAAGAAAAUAUUUGCAAUCAAUUGCAAAUAUUCGGUUGCAAUUUUACAACAGAUAGAUCAACGUUAGCUGUAGCAAAUCAGAUUAAACUUCUUGUUUCAAGGAGCAAAUUAGCAAUCAAUCACUAAUUUGCAAUUAACUGCAAGACAUAUAAUUGAUUUAGGGACCAAAAAUUGACUUGCAAUUGAUCGCAAGUUUCUUGCAACACCCCAUAUGAUUGAUAUGUGUAAGUUACGCACAGUGUAUAAAUGUUAACCUUAUCUUUGGUUCUUCUGGGGUCCGGUGCAGAAAGAGUUGCGUUUAAACGCAAGUCAAAAAAUCAAUCGCAAGUCCCAAAUGCGCGCUGUUGAUUGGUUGAAAAUCAAGUUGCGCAUGAUUUUUUGAUUUUUACAUUUUUAGAUUGACCGCAACUCUUUCUGUAACGGGCCCCUGCUUUGUUUGUUUGUCGGGUUUUUUUGUAUGUGUCCGAUCUCCUUGAAUGCUAAUUUCAUAAUUCUUUUAAAGGAACCUUCAGACUUUGCAAGUUCUGUUUUUUAUGCAAGUUCCUUCAUUUUUUAAGUUUGUAUAUAUUGCCAUUGUCAUAAUCUUCUAUAUUCUGUAUGAUAAUCUAAUGUAUCAACUUUUUUGUAUUAUGUUGAUAUAUAUUUUGUGAAGUAUGAGAAUAAUUUCAAAUCGGAAUAAUGCCGAAACCAUCGUCAUGACAAGCUGCGUAAAAAUAACAGCUACAUGUACUCCUUGGCUACAAGCUACAUACAUGACAUAGGAAACAUGCAAGUUUUGCACAGAAAUGGGCAUAUACAAAUUCCACAUGAAAAGUAGUGAUGACUGAUGACAGCAUUAAUUUGACUGUUCAAUUCUACAAACCAUGUCACAUCUCCCCAUGCCCUAACCUCGGCGCUCAGUGCAUUUCAAGGACUUGUUCCAGCUGGGUACCCCUCACCUCACCUGAGUUGAGUUAAGCACAAUGUGGGUAAAUUCCUUGCCGAAGAAAAACACGCCAUUGCUGGGAUUCGACCCGCCCCCCCCCCCCCCUCGAAUUGAAAAGCGAGAGUCGUAACCGCUAAACCACGACAUCCCCACAUACCGUAAUACCAUAAUUAUACCGUAUUUUAUUAUACCGAAAUGAAUGAAAAAAAAAACGAAUAUUAGACCAAGUGGUUAUGAGACGAGGUGAUGAUUGAACCAAAUGGUUGCUAGACAAAAUGUUGAUGGACAGAAUGGCAUUAGACUAAAUGAAGGUCGACCAUGUGGUGAGUGGACGAGUUGGCAGUGGACGAAUUGGCAAUUUACCGUGAUUACUGACCACUUUAAUUCAUGUCGCUCCCAACUUGCUAUGUUGUAUAUACUGUUGAGAUUAUUGAAAUUAUUUUUAUUUCUGCCAUUUUUAUAUAAUUUCUUAUCUGGCUUCUUCCACCUCAUUCACACUCUCCCUCUGUACAGUUUAUUACUAUGUUGAUUGAAUUUGUUUACUAUGUUCUGUAGAAAUGCUGUUUUUAUUUGUUUACUAUAUUGUACAUACAAUCCUUUGUUUGGGUAAAUAUCUACAUGUUAUUUCUCAAGCAUUAUCCUGUCCAUGCUUACUCAUGGUUAGUUCGAUAUUCAAUGCUUGGGAAGUCAAAGAUGUAGAAUGAAGGAAUCCAUCGAAGUGUUGAGGCC